AUGUCAGGGUCCACACAGCCCGUAGCACAGACCUGGAGGGCCGCUGAGGCCCGGUACCCGCCCCAUGGCAUCUCCUACCCCGUGCAGAUCGCCCGGCCCCACACGGAUGUCGGGCUGCUGGAAUACCAACACCACCCCCGGGACUAUGCCGCCCACCUGCCACCCAGCUCCGCCAUCCAGCCCCAGCGCAGGCGGCCCUCCCUGCUGUCGGAGUUCCAACCUGGGGGUGAGAGGUCCCAGGAGCUGCACCUGCGUCCUGAGGCCCACUCGUACCUGCCAGAGCUGGGCAAGCCUGAGGUGGAGUUUGUCGAGAGCAAGCGUCCCCGCCUGGAGCUACUGCCUGAGCCCCUGCCCCGGCCCUCAGCCCUGAUGGCCUCAGCCCAGCCUGGUGGCUCUGAGGACCUGGCCAAGGACCGCAGCCUGACAGGCAAACUGGAGCCGGUGUCCCCACCCAGCCCACCUCACGCGGACCCUGAGCUGGAGCUGAUCCCUCCGCGGCUGUCCAAGGAGGAGCUGAUCCAGAACAUGGACCGUGUGGACCGCGAGAUCACCAUGGUGGAGCAGCAGAUCUCCAAGCUGAAGAAGAAACAGCAACAGCUGGAGGAAGAGGCUGCCAAGCCGCCCGAGCCUGAGAAGCCAGUGUCUCCACCACCCAUUGAGUCAAAGCAUCGCAGCCUGGUACAGAUCAUCUACGACGAGAACCGGAAGAAGGCGGAAGCUGCACAUCGGAUCCUUGAAGGCCUGGGGCCCCAGGUGGAACUGCCUCUGUAUAACCAGCCUUCUGACACCCGGCAGUAUCAUGAGAACAUCAAAAUAAACCAGGCAAUGCGGAAAAAGUUGAUCCUGUACUUCAAGAGGAGGAACCACGCCCGGAAACAAUGGGAACAGAAGUUCUGCCAGCGCUACGACCAGCUCAUGGAGGCCUGGGAGAAGAAGGUGGAGCGCAUUGAGAACAACCCCCGGCGGCGGGCCAAGGAGAGCAAGGUGCGCGAGUACUACGAGAAGCAGUUUCCCGAGAUCCGCAAGCAGCGGGAGCUACAGGAACGCAUGCAGAGCAGAGUGGGCCAGCGGGGCAGCGGGCUCUCCAUGUCGGCUGCCCGCAGUGAGCACGAGGUGUCUGAGAUCAUCGACGGUCUCUCUGAGCAGGAGAACCUGGAGAAGCAGAUGCGUCAGCUGGCGGUGAUCCCACCUAUGCUAUAUGAUGCCGACCAGCAGCGGAUCAAGUUCAUCAACAUGAACGGGCUGAUGGGUGACCCCAUGAAGGUGUACAAGGACCGCCAGGUCAUGAACAUGUGGAGCGAGCAGGAGAAGGAGACCUUCCGCGAGAAGUUCAUGCAGCACCCCAAGAACUUCGGUCUGAUCGCCUCGUUCCUGGAGCGGAAGACGGUGGCUGAGUGUGUCCUCUACUAUUACCUAACCAAGAAGAAUGAAAACUACAAGAGCCUGGUGAGACGCAGCUACCGGCGCCGUGGCAAGAGCCAGCAACAACAACAACAACAACAACAACAACAGCAGCAGCAGCAGCAGCAAAUGCCCCGGAGCAACCAGGAGGAGAAGGAGGCAGAGAAGGAGGCAGAGAAGGAGGAGGACAAGCCUGACGCAGACGACAAGGACGAGCUUGUCAAGGAGAAGACGGACGACACCUCUGGCGAGGACAAUGACGAGAAGGAGGUGGUGGCCUCCAAAGGCCGCAAAACCGCCAACAGUCAGGGGAGACGCAAAGGCCGUAUCACGCGCUCCAUGGCCAAUGAGGUGAACAGUGAAGAGGCCGUCAGCACACAGCAGAGCGCCGAGCUGGCCUCCAUGGAACUGAACGAGAGCUCCCGCUGGACUGAGGAGGAGAUGGAGACUGCCAAGAAAGGUCUGCUGGAGCACGGCCGGAACUGGUCGGCCAUUGCUCGCAUGGUGGGCUCCAAGACAGUAUCCCAGUGUAAGAACUUCUACUUUAACUACAAGAAGAGGCAGAACCUGGAUGACAUCCUGCAGCAACACAAGCUGAAGAUGGAGAAGGAGAGGAAUGCCCGGAGGAAGAAGAAGAAAGCUCCGGCUGCCGCCAGCGAGGAGGCCGCCUUCCCACCGGUGGUGGAAGACGAGGAGAUGGAGGUGUCUGGUGUGAGUGGGAAUGAGGAGGAGAUGCCCGAGGAGACGGAAGCCUUACAUGCUUCUGAGAGUGAGGUGCCCAGAGGGGAUUGCAGCGCGCCAGCCGCCAUCAACAACAACUCCGACACCGAGAGCAUCCCAUCACCUCGCACGGAGGCCGCCAAGGACACUGGGCAGAACGGGCCCAAGCCCUCACUCACCCCGGGGGCCGAUGUUCCCCUCCCUGCACCGCCAACCCCACCGCCAGAGGAUGCCCCAGCCGCCACCGAACCUCCUGGCCCACCCCCGCUCCCGCUGGUACCCCCAUCGCCCACCCCCACGGCUCCCAAGGAGGAGAAGGAGGACGAGGCCUUGGCCACCACCCCGGCCGAAGAGGGGGAGGAGCAGAAGCCCCCUGUGGCAGAGGAGCGGGUCGUGGACACGGGGAAGACAGAGGAGCUUGGAGAGCUGCCUCCGGAGGAGCCGGUCAAGUGCAAAGUGGAGUGCAAGGUUGAGGUGGAGGAGGACACUCACGAGGGGGCCCAGGGAGUGGAGGGGACUGCCGAGGCCGUGCCUGAGGGGGCUGUGAAGACUGAGAAGAAGGAGGGCGGAGGUCCCAACAGCAAACCUGCCACAGCAAAAGGUUCAGGUGCCCCUCAGGACAGCGACUCCAGUGCCACGUGCAGUGCGGACGAGGUCGACGAGACUGAGGGGGGAGACAAGAGCAGGUUGUUGUCUCCGAGGCCCAGCCUACUCAAUUCCGCUGGGGAUGCCAGAGCCCACACCUCAAGCCAGAAGCCAUUGGACCUGAAGCAGCUGAAGCAACGGGCAGCUGCCAUUCCCCCCAUCGUAAGUGUCACUAAAGCCCAUGAGCCCCCCCGGGAAGAUGCGGCACCCCCAGCCCCACCCCCCCCACAGCACCUGCAGCCAGAGAGUGAUGCCCCCCAGCCUCCCAGCAGCAGCCCUCGAGGCAGAAGCAGGAGCCCCGCACCUCCCACUGAGAAGGACGCCUUCUCGGCCGAAGGUCAGAAGCUGUCCCCCGAAACCCCCUGCUGGACACCUGGGCUGCCUUUUGCCGUGCCCCCCCGGGAGGUGAUCAAGGCCUCUCCGCAUGCCCAGGACCCCUCGGCCUUUUCCUAUGCCCCAUCUGGUCACCCGCUGCCCCUGGGCCUCCAUGACGGUGCUCGGCCUGUGCUUCCUCGCCCACCCGCCAUAUCCAACCCACCACCCCUCAUCUCAUCCACCAAGCACCCCAGCGUCCUCGAGAGGCCCCUGGGUGCCCUCUCCCAGGGUGUGUCGGUCCAGCUGCACGUCCCGUACUCUGAGCAUGCGAAGGCACCUGUGGGCCCCAUCACCAUGGGGUUGCCCCUGGCCAUGGACCCCAAGAAGCUGGUGCCCUUCAGUAGUGUGAAACAGGAAGAGCUGUCGCCACGCGGCCAGGCAGGGCCACCGGAAAGCCUGGGGGUCCCUACAGCCCAAGAGACAUCUGUGCUGAGAGGGACAUCUCUGGGCUCAGUUCCAGGAGGUAGCAUCAGCAAAGGCACCCCCAGCACACGGGCACCGGUGGAGAGCCUCAUCACCUACCGAGGCUCCAUCACACACGGCACGCCGGCUGACGUUCUUUAUAAAGGCACAAUCACCAGGAUCAUUGGUGAGGACAGCCCCAGCCGCCUGGACCGAAGCCGUGAGGACAGCCUGCCCAAGGGGCACGUCAUCUACGAGGGCAAGAAGGGCCAUGUGCUGUCCUAUGAUGGUGGCCUCUCUGUGUCCCAGUGCUCCAAGGAGGACGGUAGGAGCAGCUCUGGUCCCCCCCACGAGACGACUGCCCCCAAGCGCUCCCACGAUGUGAUGGAAGGGCGAGUCAGCAGGGCCAUCUCCUCCGCUAGCAUCGAAGGUCUCAUGGGCCGCGCCAUCCCUCCCGAUCGGCACAGCCCCCACCAUCUCAAAGAGCAGCACCACAUCCGGGGCUCCAUCACUCAAGGGAUUCCACGCUCCUACGUAGAGGCCCAGGAGGAUUAUUUGCGGCGAGAGGCCAAAAUGCUAAAGCGGGAGGGCACACCGCCGCCACCGCCACCACCCCCACGAGACCUGACCGAGGCUUAUAAGGCCCGGCCUCUGGACACACUGGCCCCGCUGAAGCUGAAGGCAGCCCACGAGGGCCUGGUGGCAACGGUGAAGGAAGCCGGACGCUCCAUCCACGAGAUCCCCCGUGAGGAACUGCGUCGCACGCCCGAGCUGCCCUUGGCCCCAAGACCACUCAAGGAGGGCUCCAUCACCCAGGGCACCCCACUGAAGUAUGACUCUGGUGGAUGCUCCGCCAGUGCCAAGAAGCAUGAUGUCCGUUCCAUCAUUGGCAGUCCCGGGCGGACCUUCCCACCCGUGCAUCCUCUGGACGUGAUGGUUGACACCCGGGCCUUGGAGCGAGCCUGCUAUGACGAGAGUCUGAAGGGCCGGCCAGGAGGUGUCAGCGGCUCUGGGGGCUCCAUCGCGCGCGGUGCCCCAGUUAUUGUGCCUGAGCUGGGCAAACCAAGGCAGAGCCCCCUGGCGUAUGAGGACCAUGGGGCACCCUUCUCCAGCCAUCUGUCCCGGGGCUCACCUGUGACCACACGGGAGCCCACACCACGCUUGCAGGAGGGUAGCCUUUCAUCCAACAAGGCAUCCCAGGACCGGAAGCUGACAUCCACGCCGCGGGAGAUUGCCAAGUCACCGCACAGCACCAUGCCCGAGCACCACCCCCACCCCUUGUCGCCCUAUGAACACUUGCUGCGAGGUGUCAGCGGCGUGGAUCUGUACCGCGGCCACAUCCCAUUAGCCUUUGACCCCACCUCCAUACCCCGUGGCAUCCCUCUGGACGCAGCUGCUGCCUACUACCUGCCCCGCCAUCUGGCCCCCAACCCCACCUACCCGCACCUCUACCCACCGUACCUCAUCCGCGGCUACCCUGAUACAGCAGCCCUGGAGAACCGCCAGACCAUCAUCAACGACUACAUCACCUCCCAGCAGAUGCACCACAACGCAGCCACCGCCAUGGCCCAGCGGGCCGACAUGCUGCGGGGCCUGUCGCCCCGAGAGUCUUCGUUGGCACUCAACUACGCCGCUGGACCAAGAGGCAUUAUCGACCUGUCCCAAGUGCCACACCUGCCCGUACUGGUGCCGCCCACCCCAGGUACGGCCGCCACCGCCAUGGACCGCCUCGCCUACCUCCCGCCCGCACCCCAGGCCUUCAGCAGCGGGCACAGAACUUCCCCGCUCUCCCCAGGAGGUCCCACUCACCUGACAAAGCCGACGGCCACCUCUUCCUCUGAGAGGGAGCGAGACCGGGAGCGUGAGCAGUCCAUCCUCACGGCCGCCCCCACAGUGGAGCAUGCACCCAUCUGGAGACCUGGUACGGAGCAGAGCAGCGGCAGCAGCAGUAGUGGGGGUGGGGGCAGCAGCAGCCGCCCCGCCUCACACCCCCACAGCCACCAGCACUCUCCCAUCUCCCCGCGGACCCAGGACGCCAUCCAGCAGCGGCCCAGUGUGCUGCACAACGCAGGCAUGAAGGGCAUCAUUACCGCCAUGGAGCCUGGCACACCCACUGUCUUGAGGUCCACCUCCACCUCCUCGCCCGUCCGCCCCACUGCCACAUUCCCACCCGCCACGCACUGCCCGCUGGGUAGCAGCCUCGACGGAGUCUACUCCACCCUCAUGGAGCCGGUCCUGCUGCCCAAGGAGAGCCCACGGGUGGCCCGGCCCGAGCGACCCCGUGCCGACGCCUUCCUCACCAAGCCCCCUGGCCGUGCCACGCUCGAGCCCGCCUCCUCCCCCAGCAAGGGCUCUGAGCCCCGGGCCCUGGCGCCCCCUGGCCCCAGCCACGCGGCCAUCACCCGCACCCCUGCAAAGAGCCUCGGCACACAUCACACCAGCCUGGACCAGCCGGCGCUGCCCGCCUCGGCCGCAGACCCGCCCCGAGAAAAGACUCAAAGUAAAUCCUUUUCCAUCCAGGAACUGGAACUGCGUUCUCUGGGUUACCAUGGGGGUGGCGGCAGUGGCAGCUACAGCCCUGAUGGGGUGGAGCCCGUCAGCCCUGGGAGCCCCCCUGGCCUGGCACACGACAAGGGUCUCCCCAAGCACCUGGAGGGGGCCGACAAGAGCCACCUGGAGGCGGAACUUCGGCACAAGCAGACAGGCCCUGUGAAGCUCAGCGGGGAGGCAGCCCACCUCCCACAUCUGCGGCCCCUGCCCGAGAGCCAGUCUUCGUCUAGCCCUCUGCUCCAGGCUGCCCCAGGGGUCAAAGGUCACCAGCGGGUGGUCACGCUGGCCCAGCACAUCAGUGAGGUCAUCACCCAAGACUAUACGCGGCACCACCCCCAGCAGCUCAGCACCCCGCUCUCCGCCCCACUCUACUCCUUCUCUGGGACCAGCUGUCCCGUCCUGGACCUCCGCCGUGCCCCCAGUGACCUCUACCUCCCACCCCCUGACCAUGGCGCCCCAGCCCGGGGCUCUCCACACAGCGAAGGGGGCAAGAGGUCUCCGGAGCCCAGCAAGACCUCUGCCCUGGGCAGCACUGAGGAUGGAAUUGAACCUGUGUCCCCGCCAGAGGGCAUGGCUGAGCCAGGGCAUCCCCGAGGGGCCGCAUACCCACUGCUGUACCGGGAUGGGGAACAGGCGGAACCCAGGAUGGGCUCCAAGUCUCCAGGCCACACCAGCCAGCCGCCAGCGUUUUUCAGCAAGUUGACCGAGAGCAACUCUGCCAUGGUCAGAUCCAAGAACCAGGAGAUCAGCAAGAAGCUCAACAGCCACAACCGGAACGAGCCAGAGUACAGUAUUGGUCAGCCGGGCACUGAGAUCUUCAAUAUGCCGGCCAUCAGCGGAUCAGGCGUCAUGACCUGUAGGAACCAGGCUGGACAGGAACACACCAGCACCAACCUUGGGCUGGAAGCCAUCAUUAGGAAGGCGCUCAUGGGUAAAUAUGAGCAGUGGGAAGACCACCCGCCGCUCAGCGCCAACGCUUUUAACCCUCUGACUGCCAGCACCAGCCUGCCCGCUGCUCUCCCCAUAACCACUGCUGACGGACGGAGUGGCCACUCCCUCACCUCGCCAGGUGGUGGCAGUGGUGGGAAGGCCAAGGUGUCGGGCAGACCCAGCAGUCGGAAAACUAAGUCCCCAGCCCCAGGCUUGGCAUCAGGGGACCGACCCCCCUCGGUCUCCUCAGUGCACUCAGAAGGGGACUGCAACCGCCGGACGCCGCUCACCAACCGUGUUUGGGAAGACCGGCCCUCAUCGGCAGGCUCCACCCCCUUCCCCUACAACCCUCUGAUCGUGCGGCUGCAGGCGGGUGUCAUGUCCUCACCACCCCCACCCGGCCUCCCUGCCGGCCCCCACCACGCCUGGGACGAGGAACCCAAGCCCCUGCUCUGCUCGCAAUAUGAGACGCUCUCGGACAGCGAGUGA